AUGUUCCUGAGCCGCUUUUACACUUUCCUUAUGAGUAUUAUUCAUUUUGUUUUUAAAGUUUCUUGCUCUUCAUCUGAGUUCAGCUUAGAUGGCGAUUACUUGUUGGGUGGCCUUUUUCCAAUACAUGAAGUUGAACAGAAAAUAUCCAUGUUUUCUCCAGAGGCCGUUGAAUGUAAAAGGCACAUUGUCUCAAAAUCUGGUUAUCAGAUGUUCCAAGUAAUGAGGUUUGCUGUUGAGGAGAUUAAUAACUCUUCCACCCUGCUGCCCAAUGUUUCUCUGGGUUAUGAGAUUUUUGACCAUUGUUCCGACACUAAGAACUUCCCUUCAGUCUUCAGUUUAGUCUCACAGAAUGGAACAAUAAAACCUCAAGAAAAACUCAACAGCCAUCAUCCUAAAGUGAUUGCCUUGACAGGACCAUAUGGAAGCACAAGAACUAUUACUAUUUCACCAUUGGUCACAAUGGACCUUAUACCAUGGGUUCAAUAUGGAGCCACCAGCUAUGCAUUAAGUGAUAAACUUCAUUAUCCCUCUUUUAUAAGAACAGUGCCUAGCAACAGAGACUCGAUAAAGAUGAUGAUUCGCAUCAUACAGUGGUUUGGAUGGAACUGGGUUGCCUUUCUUGGAGGUCCAGACAAUUACAGUGAAGAUGGCUUACAACUGUUUAACAGCUAUAUCAGAAACACUGGCAUUUGUAUGGCCUAUCAAGAGAUUCUCAGACAAAGUGCAAACUACAGUCUAAUUCUUAAAAAGAUUGAUAAGCUCAACAUCAAUGUCAUUGUGGUUUUCGCUUUGCCAAUAUAUGCAGAAAACAUAGUGAGAUCUGCCAUAGCAAACAACAUCAGAGACAAAGUUUGGAUUGCUAGUGAAACAUGGUCUAUGAAUCACCAGCUUUCAAGAGAGCCAGGAAUUGGACAAAUCGGAACAGUCAUUGGCAUUACAGAUAGAUUUAUGUCAUUGCCUGGAUUUCAUGAAUUCAUCUAUAAAACCAAAAAAAUGAAUGUUUAUAAGAAUAACGACAUCGAGAGUGAAAUACAGACCAGGACAUGUAAUCAAAAGUGUGACAAUUGCUCAUUUUUGACCAUGGAGGAAACUAUAAAUGAAGAUCCCACACUGUCUUUUGCCAUUUAUGCUGCCAUGUACAGCAUAGCUCAUGCAUUACAUAAAGUUCUUCAGUGUGACGUGAGGCAAUGCAGCAAAAAUACAACAGUUAAGCCAUACAUGCUUCUGAGAGAAAUUAAGAAGUUGGAUUUUCUUCUGAGUGGCCGUCAGGUGAAAUAUGAUGUCAAUGGUGAUCCAGCCAUCAGUUAUGCAGUCGUGCUGUGGCACACAGAAACAAAUCAUUCAUGGCUUGAGAUCGUCGGCACGUAUGACACAAAUCCAGAAAUGAUUUUUACCAUUAACAACUCCCUCAUACCCUGGAGUAACAAUACUUCUGUUCCUUUCUCGAACUGCUCUGUUGAGUGUAAAGAGGGAUUUUCAAGGGAACGUGUGGGAUAUCAUGACUGCUGCUUUCUGUGUAAAAAGUGCCCACAAAACAGCUAUGUAAAUUAUUCCCGAGACCCUUUUACCUGUUUUCCAUGUGGAGAGAGCGAAUGGUCUGAUGAGCGCAGCAUGGCUUGUAAGACACGUUCCGUCGUCUAUCUUCAGGUCACAGAAAUCGGCUCCAUUGGUGUUAUAUCUUCUACUGCAUGCUUGAUUACUCUGCUUAUGUUCACGUUAUUCAUUUUUGCUCACAAUUAUAACACACCAGUAGUGAGGUCUGCAGGUGGCAGCAUGUGUUUCCUGAUGUUAGCAAGUUUGAUUAUCUCUUGCCUAGGUAUGUUUUUCUUCUUUGAACAACCCACACAUGUAACUUGUCACUUGAGAAAUUUCCUGUAUGUGUUUUUCUACACUGUUUCUCUCUCUUGUUUGACUGUUCGUGCCUUUCAAAUAGUUUGUGUCUUCAAAAUGGCUGCAGAGUUCCCUAAUGUGCACAGGCUGUGGGUGAAGUACAAUGGCCAGUGGCUUUUUGUGGCCUCAUUUUCUGCCUUUUAUUUAAUUGUUUGUGUUAUAUGGAUCACAGUGCUGCCCACCAAACCCUCCAGGGACUUUGUUACGUUUAAAGACCAGAUUUUGCUUGUCUGUGAAAGGGGGCACGCUGUACCCCUUAUCAUUGUUGUGUUUAUUAGUUGGUUUCUUGGUUUCCUGUGUAUCUACUUUUCUUACAUGGCCAGAGAUUUACCGAAAAAUUACAAUGAGGCCAAAUCAAUUACCUUCAGUAUAGUUUUUUUCAUUGUGGUCUGGAUUUUAUACUUCACAGCAUAUGUUUUUGUCAAAGGCAAAUACAUCCUGCUUUUGAAUGCAUUGACCCAGAUAUUGAGUAUAUAUGGAAUUUUCAUAAGCUAUUUCAUACCAAAAUCUUACAUCAUGUUAUUUCAGCCCAAGAAGAACACUGCUGCAUACUUUCAAACAUCUAUUCAGAAUUACACCCAAACUAUUAGUAGGAGUUAA